AUGGCUACCCAAAGCUUUCCCAUUUACAUAUCCAUGCUUCUGGGUUUGUUGGCGAUUUUAUCAUUAUAUGGGAGUGGGAGUUGUAGCUUUGACACCAACUUUUCCAUUGAAGAAGCAACUUUGAAAGACUUCCAACUUGCUUUCUACCAAAACAAACUCACCUCGAGGCAACUCGUUGAGUUUUACCUCGAACAAGUGCGUAGAUUAAACCCCAUCCUGAAAGGGAUCAUAGAAGUGAAUCCAGAUGCUUUAAACCAAGCCUCUCAAGCCGAUCUCAAGCGCAAGAGAAGCUCACUGAGAUCUUUGUCUCCACUUCAUGGCAUCCCUGUACUUGUAAAAGAUAACAUUGCAACCAAGGAUAAGCUCAACACAACGGCUGGCUCCUUUGCUCUGCUUGGCUCUAUUGUUCCUCGUGAUGCAGGUGUGGUGACUAAGUUGAGGAAGGCAGGUGCAAUUAUCUUUGGGAAAGCGAGCCUAAGUGAGUGGUCCGAUUUCAGGUCCUAUGAACCGCCCAAUGGUUGGAGCGCUAGGGGUGGCCAAGGGAAGAAUCCUUACACAAUGGGAGAACCGUGUGGCUCAAGUAGCGGCUCUGCCAUAUCCGUUGCAGCAAAUAUGGUUACAGUUUCACUGGGAACCGAAACUGAUGGAUCAAUAUUAUGCCCUUCUACUCUCAACUCAGUAGUUGGCAUCAAACCCACAGUAGGUCUCACAAGUCGGGCAGGGGUCGUUCCGAUCUCUUUGAGGCAGGACACUGUUGGGCCUAUUUGUAGAACAGUAGCAGAUGCUGCUUAUGUUCUAGAUGCCAUUGCAGGAGCGGACAGAUAUGAUAAUUCAACAAUUGAAGCAUCAAAAUACAUUCCAAGAGGUGGAUAUGGCCAAUUUCUAAGGGCUGAAGGGCUGAAAGGAAAGAGAAUAGGAAUCGUGAGGAAAUUGUAUGAUUUCGGCCAUGAUGAUGUCUUCUACAUUGGAGCUUUUGAGAAAGUUUUCAAAACCCUGAAGCAAGGAGGAGCAAUAUUGGUAGACAAUUUGACGAUCGACAGGUUUGAUGUAAUCACUGGAAGUUCAAGUGGAGAGCGGACUGCAUUGCUUGCUGAGUUCAAAAUAUCCCUAAAUGCAUACCUCAAACAGCUAGUUGCAUCUCCAAUUCGAUCCCUGUCAGAUGCAAUAGAAUUCAACAAAAAGAACUCAAAACUUGAAAAGCUAAGGGAGUAUGGUCAGGAGUUAUUCUUAGAAGCAGAAGCAACAAAAGGAAUCGGAGGUGCAGAAAAGGCAGCAUUAGCCAGAUUAGCAAAACUGUCAAAAGAGGGAUUUGAGAGAUUGAUGAUUAAGAAUAAGCUUGAUGCAAUAGCAGCUCCUGGUCGGUUAAUCUCUCCUUUUCUUGCAAUUGGAGGUUUUCCUGGAGUUAGUGUACCAGCUGGAUAUAACCCUCAAGGGCUUCCCUUUGGCAUUGGCUUUGGAGGAUUAAAAGGGUUUGAGCCAAGGUUGAUAGAGAUUGCAUAUGGAUUUGAGCAUUUGACUAUGGGUAGAAAGUCCCCUUCACUUGGGAGACAUAAAAAGUGAUUCAACCACGUAUGAAAUUUUUUAGGACAGACUUUGAUAAGUUUACCAGAAGCAAUUAGAAUGGCAAUUGUUUAUCCUUGUGAUAAAGCUGCACGCUUCAAUAAGUAGUAAAAUGUUUCCAUUAAUUUUAACA